UAUAAGGGGGCACUGUCUUAUCAACAAAACUCAUAAAAUGAAAAUGAAGAUUCAAAGCCUCUGUAUAAUCCUCCUCUUCAUCUUAGCUGAGACAUCUCAGCCACCAUUCUCGUGUGAUUCGUCGAACCCAUCAACAAAAUCCUACCCCUUUUGCCAAACCUCACUCCCCAUAAGCCAAAGAGUCCAAGACCUUGUCUUUAGGCUCACAUUGGAUGAGAAAAUCUCCCAACUUGUUGACACUGCACCUGCUAUUCCCAGGCUCGGCAUCCCUGCCUAUGAGUGGUGGUCUGAAGCAUUACACGGUGUUGCCUUCCUUCCAGAAGUCAGCCAAAGGCAAGGCAUCCAUUUCAAUGGCACCAUCGCGUCCGCCACUAGCUUCCCUCAAGUCAUUCUGACUGCUGCCUCAUUUGAUGCCUAUCUUUGGUAUCGCAUUGGUCAAGUGACUGGAAAAGAAGCUAGAGCCAUAUAUAAUGCUGGACAAGCUAUUGGCAUGACGUUUUGGGCACCAAACAUCAAUAUAUUUAGGGAUCCAAGAUGGGGGAGAGGGCAAGAGACACCUGGAGAAGAUCCAUUGGUUACAGGAAGGUAUGCAGUGUCAUUUGUGAGAGGCGUUCAAGGGGACUCUUUUCAAGGAGGGGCUCUUGGGGAGCAUCUUCAGGCAUCAGCUUGUUGCAAGCAUUUUACUGCUUAUGAUUUGGACAAGUGGAAUGGCACUAAUAGAUUCAUCUUUAAUGCUCAAGUCACAUUGCAAGACUUAGCUGAUACAUAUCAACCUCCAUUUCGAAGUUGCAUACAAGAAGGAAAAGCUAGUGGGAUAAUGUGUGCUUAUAAUCAAGUCAAUGGAGUCCCAAAUUGUGCGGAUUACAAUCUGUUAUCUAAGACUGCUAGAGGACAGUGGGGAUUCCAAGGGUACAUCACAUCUGACUGUGAUGCGGUCUCCAUUAUCUAUGAUGAUCAGGGAUAUGCUAAAUCACCAGAAGAUGCGGUUGCAGAUGUGCUUAAAGCGGGGAUGGAUGUCAACUGCGGUAAUUAUCUAAAGAACUACACGAAAUCAGCAGUAGAAAAGAAGAAACUGACAGAAUCUGAUGUAGACAGAGCACUUCACAACCUCUUCUCCAUUAGGAUGAGGCUGGGACUAUUCAAUGGCAAUCCAGCUCCACUACCUUAUGGUAACAUUGGUCCAAACCAAGUUUGUUCUCAAAAGCAUCAGGAUCUGGCCCUUGAAGCAGCUCGAGAUGGCAUUGUCUUGCUGAAGAACUCUAAUCAGCUUCUCCCUCUUUCAAAAUUAAAAACAAGAUCCCUUGCAAUUAUUGGCCCUAAUGCUGAUAAUUCAACAAUUCUUCUUGGAAAUUAUGCAGGUCCCCCGUGCAAAACCGUUACACCAUUGCAAGGAUUGAAGGGUUAUAUUAAGAACACUAGGUAUCACCCAGGUUGCAGCACAGUUGCAUGUUCCUCAGCUGCGAUUGACCAAGCGGUAAAAAUGGCGAAAGGGGCAGACCAAGUGGUAUUGGUUAUGGGGCUUGAUCAAACUCAAGAAAGGGAAGAACAGGAUCGCGUUGACCUGGUACUCCCUGGAAAUCAGCAGAAGUUGAUAACCAGUGUUGCACAAGCUGCAAAGAAACCUGUUGUUCUGGUGCUGCUUUGUGGAGGACCAGUAGACACAUCUUUCGCCAAAUAUGAUAAGGACAUUGGAAGCAUUUUGUGGGCUGGUUAUCCAGGUGAAGCUGGAGGAAUUGCACUUGCAGAAAUCAUUUUUGGUGAUCACAACCCAGGAGGGAGAUUACCAAUGACUUGGUAUCCUCAAGAGUUCACCAAGGUACCAAUGACAGACAUGAGGAUGCGGUCUCAACCAUCUUCAGGCUAUCCUGGCCGCACUUACAGAUUCUACAAAGGCAAAAAGGUUUUUGAAUUUGGUUACGGUCUAAGUUACUCAAACUAUACUUAUGAGUUUGUCUCUGCUACACAAAACAAUAUCUACUUGAGAUCAUUAGGUGACAAAAUUGUUGAAAACUCAAACCCCAUAAGUUACAAGACAAUUUCAGAGUUAGGGGCAGAACUCUGUGAAAAAAGCAAGUUUUCUGUUAUUGUGAGAGUUAAAAACCAGGGAAAGAUGUCAGGCAAGCAUCCAGUAUUGUUGUUUGUGAAGCAACCAAAGCUUGGAGAAGGGAGGCCAAUGAAAAAGUUGGUUGGAUUCCAAAGUGUGAAACUUAAUGCAGGGGAGAACGGUGAAAUUGAAUAUAAGAUAAGCCCCUGUGAGCACCUAAGCAGAGCUAAUGAAGAAGGUUUAAUGGUGAUUGAUGAAGGGUCUCAAUUCUUGCUUGUUGGAGAUAGAGAGUAUCCAAUUAAUAUAACAGUUUGAUACUAAUAAUCGAUUUUUCAAACAUUAUGGGAAACUAGAGUCCUGUUCAAGCAUAAAGGUUGGGUUCCAUCAGUGGACUGCCAAUCAAAUAAUGUCAUAUUUUUUGUGAAGGUGUGCUAAAUUGAAUUCCCUUGUUUUGCAAUUA